AUGUACAUCCUGUGGCUUUUGAGGCACUAUUGCGUACCAAUAAAUACAGAGCAAGAUUCAGGCACACUCAGAUAUCCUCAACCGAAACCUGUAUUUGAAAGCCAGCUAAAAUUGGACAAGAACUUAGAAAGAAAUUUCAAAAUGAUGUUCAAAGUACUUCUUAUAUUCGCCGCUGUAUGCGCAAGCGGUAAUGGCCAAAGUAAGCUGUACUACAUUAUAUGAACUCUCUCUAUAUAUAUCACAUGAUUUGCACAUUUUUAUUCACCGCAAAAAUUCACAAUAUGGCUUCUUGUUCAUGGGCAGGGGCCGGGCUGACUGUAGCUUUUCGAUCUCGGCGAAGCAGAAAAUCCGGGUCCAUGCAUUUGUAUAUGAAUGUAAAUAUACAGUAUUUAGUAUUAAAAAUUUAGUAGCCUACGUAGGCCUAUAAAAUAAAGUUAUAUCUUUUAAACAAAUGAUCACAUCGCACACGUCCGUUUGAUCGCUAUAUAUAAUUAGUUUAGAAAGUUUAUAAUAAAAAUAAAGCUCACUAGUUUUUUAGAACUCAUGGCAAACUUAUCAAUAGCCUGUAUGUUCAUAUUUUUCUUUAGCGUGCAUGCAUGAAGCACUGACAUUAAAUUAUUCAUGAUAUUUCUGCGUUGGCGAGGAUCUUAGCCUUGUCUUAACUGAUUUCAGAUUCGAGAAUAUAUAUAGGCUUUCAUAUACGAGCAUGCAUGCAUUGUUUCAUCAAUGCAAUUUUCUUUUCUGAAAGAAAAUUUCCUAAGACACGCCUCCAAGUCGAUAUUUUCGCGACGAUUUGUUUCGCCAACAAAUUGGUGGUCGGACUAUAGCUUGCAGUCGGACGAGACAAGAGUCUUCAAAUUGUAAAGUCUUUUUCAUUCGUUCAGCAUGAAGCAUAACGAAUUUUUUCUUUAUAUAUACAGAUGGUAUCCCGUGCCCGUGUGGUUGGGAGAACAUUUUGAAUGGUUGUUAUCUGUUUGUGAAGAACAAUUAAGGUCAAUUGGGACACAGCUCGCGCAGGUUGUCUGAAACGUGGUGGAGACCUAGUCAUUCCUACCAGUAACACAACAUGCGAUCUUCUCAGUCAGCGUGCUAAAAGCCUUGGACUUGAUAAUCCGUGGAUUGGUGCCUUCAGGUAUCUCAAUUAUGCAGGGUGUAUAAAAAAAGUCACAUCAAACUUUGGCCGCCAUAUUAUUGUGCGGUUGUAAAGGUGAAUAGGGGUAUAGAAAUCCACCGAUACGCCCAAAUUUGAAAUAAAUUCCGCGAUCCGACAAUGGUCCAGUUGUCUAAAUUUGAAUCCGCUAAAAGCUCUACUGACUAUGAAGUCACAAUCCAGGAUUCGAACUAAAUUGCAAGCUAAAUCCACAAUCCGAUCAGCCAAAAUAUUAGAUAAAUCCGCAAUCCUCUGUAUUAAAUUAAUAAGAUCCGCAAAUCCGUGUAAAAUAUUUGCCAGAUCCAAAAUGCGAACAAUUUUUUCUGUGAAAUCCGACGAUCCGAAAACCUAUUCACCCCCUAAAAAUCAAACACACCUACGACAACGUAGGUCAUGAGUUGUGUGCAUGCGGUUGCAUGCGACAGUUUUAGGAAAAAAAGUUGUGCAGUGGAAAUCGGCCGUAAAAUUAUGUAUAUAUAUGCUUCUCAACCAUUCGAAAAUUAGUACUAAUAGGUCAUGAAAAUAAUGGUAUUAAAAAUCAUUGAUAUAUAUAAUUGUAUUUUGCAAGAAUUUUUCUUUUUUUUUGCAGACGACGAGAGGAUGGGAAAUUCUAUAAUACCUGUGGAAAAGCAUUAAGUUUCAUAUACGCUGGAAACCGGGCGAGCCAAAUAAUUAUAACGGCACUCCAGAAAACUGUGCCUGAUAUAUUCGCAUGGCUCAGGAAAAGGAAAAUGGAACGACCAGUAUUGUACCAGCCUCCAAGGAUACAUCUGCCAAUUUAAAGCACACAGAUGUGAGUGUUUAACAAACAAGACGAUCCAUCAUUAAGUGUUAGUCGCUGGGAUUAUUGCGAUGAAAUUGAAAGCUUUGCGUUUUACCCAGACGGCCAGCUAGAGCUGCCAAUUUUGUGUUAGAUAUCAUUAAGUCGCGCGAGGUCAACUUUUUAUUGUCAUAUUGAUUUCAAAUACCUCAAUAUCGAACAUAAUUUUCUUACUACGUUGUCGUGUCUGAAUAAUGACAUAUUUUUCUUUUUAAAGGUGAUUAAAGCAGCAAAAUUGAAAUAAAGUCAUGAAACAUAGCUACUAUAGUAAAUAGUACGGUAUAACUUGUAGGCUAUGUGCUGUAGUAAUUCAAAUAUUUGCAGAAAAGAUGUAUUUUUUGUAAAAAUACCUGAUUAAAUGUUUAGUUUGACAACUGUUCUAAGCAGUGCUGUAGUCCUGAAACGCUAACAAGGGGGCCUCAAAGGGGUGAGGAGGUGUAGA